AAAUUUGGCCUUAGCGCUUGCUGUAGUGCUAUGUAAAAAGUUGGCGGGCUUUGGGGUAUUUUAGAGCCGGUAUCUGCUGUCCGUGUAUUCUGUUACUAUGCGUGUUUAUCGAGUCCGUAGCCAUUUACAGCCUCGCGUCUCGCGGCGCUGAGGAGGAGGACCGGAGGUCAUGAGGAGGAGCCUCGCUCCCAGCCAAGUGGCCAAACGGAAGCACGCGGACGAUUCCCGCGAGGAUGUCACCUGGAGUCCGAGUAAGGACAAGAGGAAAAGAAAAGAGGAGGAGCCGCCUCCCAGAGAACCUCUAUGUCAGCUGAACCGGCCUACGUGCACGGAUGCCGACAAGCAUGAGGCUUUCAUCAGAAGCAUUCUCUCAAAGCCCUUCAAAGUUCCCAUUCCCAACUACUGCGGCUCGCUGGGAAUCAGGGCUCUGGGUCUGAAACGAUCCGGGGUGAGGAAAGCCCUUCAUGACCCGUUCGCCGAAGAUGCUUUGGUGCUUUACGAGCCCCCGAAUCUCAGCGCCCACGACCUGAUCCGAGCAGACAAAGACAAACUUCCUGUUCAUGUUGUGGUGGAUCCUGUUUUGGGAAAAGUGCUGCGACCCCAUCAGAGAGAGGGGGUGCGGUUCCUGUGGGAGUGUGUGACGGGCAGACGCAUCCCAGGCUCGCAUGGCUGCAUCAUGGCGGAUGAGAUGGGUCUGGGGAAGACGCUGCAGUGCAUCGCCCUCGUGUGGACGCUGCUGCGCCAGAGCCCCGACGGCAAGCCAGAGAUCGAUAAGGCCAUCGUGGUGUCGCCCUCCAGUCUGGUUCGGAACUGGUACAACGAGGUGGGGAAGUGGCUGGGGGGGCGAGUCUCGCCAGUGGCCAUUGACGGGGGCUCCAAGGAGGAGAUUGACAGGCAGCUGGUGAACUUUGUCUCCCAGAACGGCUUGAGGGUUCCCACGCCGAUCCUCAUCAUCUCCUACGAGACGUUCCGGUUGCAUGCUGCCGUUCUGCACCGCGGCAGGGUGGGGCUUGUGAUAUGUGACGAGGGACACAGACUUAAGAACGCUGACAACCAGACAUACCAAGCCCUGAACGCCAUGAAGGCCCAGAGAAGGGUCUUGAUCUCCGGCACCCCCAUCCAAAACGACCUGCUGGAGUACUUCAGCCUCGUCCACUUCGUCAACGCUGGGAUUCUGGGCUCGGCGCAGGAUUUCAAGAAGCGCUUCGAGCUGCCCAUCUUAAAGGGCCGGGACGCUGACGCCAGCGACGCAGACCGGCGGGCGGGGGAGGAGAAGCUGAAAGAGCUCAUCGGGAUCGUCAACAGGUGUUUAAUCCGGAGGACGUCGGAUAUCCUGUCCAAAUACCUGCCUGUGAAAGUGGAGCAGGUGGUGUGCUGCAGGCUGACUCCUCUGCAGGCGGAGCUCUACAGGCUGUUCCUGCGGCAGGCCAAACCUCUGCAGACGCUGCAGCAGGGCAGCAUGAACGUCUCCUCUCUGUCCUCCAUCACGUCCCUCAAGAAGCUCUGCAACCAUCCAACCCUGAUCCAUGACAAGUGUGUGAGUGGGGAGGAGGGCUUCGAUGGCGCUCUGGAUCUGUUUCCUCCUGGAUACAGCAGCAAGGAGGUGGAGCCUCAGCUCUCUGGGAAGAUGCUGGUUCUUGACUACAUCCUGGCCAUGACGAGAACAACCACCAGCGACAAGGUGGUGCUGGUCUCCAACUACACUCAAACUCUGGACCUGUUUGAGAAGCUGUGCAGAUCCAGAAGGUACCUCUACGUGCGACUGGACGGCUCCAUGUCCAUCAAGAAGAGGGCCAAGAUGGUAGAGCGGUUCAACAGUCCGUCUAGCCCAGACUUCAUCUUCAUGUUGAGCAGUAAAGCUGGAGGGUGUGGCCUCAACCUGAUUGGCGCCAACCGCCUGGUGAUGUUCGAUCCAGACUGGAACCCGGCUAACGACGAGCAGGCCAUGGCCCGGGUGUGGAGGGACGGCCAGAAGAAGACCUGCUAUGUUUACAGGCUACUGACGACGGGAACCAUUGAGGAGAAGAUCCUGCAGAGGCAGGCUCACAAGAAAGCUCUGAGCAGCUGCGUGGUGGACGAGGAGCAGGACGUGGAGCGCCACUUCUCACUGGGCGAGCUACGAGAGCUCUUCACGCUUAACGAGGAAACUGCUAGUGACACGCAUGACAAGUUCCGCUGUCGGCGCUGUGUGAAUGGCAGGCAGGUCCGGCCCCCUGCGGAGGGGGCGGACUGCACCAGCGACCUGUCCCAGUGGAACCACUGCUUCGACAAGAGGGGCCUGCUGGACCCGGUUCUGAAGGCUUCCUGGGACGCCGCCGUGUCUUUUGUCUUUCACCAGCGCUCUCACGAGGAACAGAGGGGGGCCGCGUAGCAGGAACCUGGGACUGCUGUGCACAAAAGUCUGUGGUCCGGGUUCUGUGCAGAGGUCCACUCUGCCUUGCUAAACAGAACCAAGUUCUUUCAGUCCCUAGGAGCUCAGGCAGUUGCUGUGUUCGACCCGGUUCUGUUGUGUGAUGGUGAACCAGCACUUGUGCAUGCUGGGAUUAAAUCUAGUUAUUGCAAAGGGCCAAGUCCGCUGUAACAGAAACCAAACCUCGCGUUAGUAUCCGAGUUCUUGAAUGAUCUCAUUUUUGGGGAGAACACAAAAACAAUCAUAAUUCCAAAAAUGAGAAAUCGCAGAGCAGGUUUAAAAAUUAUCAUCUGGACAACCAAGUCCAGAUGAUGAGCUGAGAAAAAGGAAUCCACACAGAUGGACGAAAGAACAGUGAGACCCAGGGGGCCGUUCAGUUUCCCAGGAAGCUGCAGAGAUCUGUUUCUUUUCAAAAAAAGGUGGUGCUGGGACUGAUGGUGCUGCCAUGUUAAGCCAGACCUGCAGGGGGGGUUCUUCUAUGGACAGAUGAGGAAUGCAUCCACGUCAGAGAAAUAUCUGGAAUCCCUCCAUUAAAUAUUAUUCACUCUUUUCUUUGCUUUAUUGGACAAUAAUUUACAGGAAAAAAAUUGAAUUAUCUUUAUUCAGCGCUGCUGCUGCUGCAGCUGCAGCUGCAGCUGCUGCAGGAGGAUCUGUGCGUUUUCAGGCACAGAUUCUGUUUAGUGUGAUUUUACAAAAUAAUUGCUGUGUAUUUUUGCUGUAAUAUAUUAAAACAUGAGAUUGUGUA